AUCAUAUACCGAAAUACAAAGGCGGUUUGGCAGCUUGAUGCGUAAUUAAUGCGUUUCUAAAGGGUGUUUGUGAAACUAAAACUAGCUAACACAGGCUUGGUGGUUUUGAGACAAAGUUUUAUUUAUCAGCGCGGAUUGCGCUUUUAAAAUAGACCUCGUUAGCUCGCUAGCUAGCACGAAGGUGCAUAGGGUGAAAGUUGGAAAGUCGAAAGGAGGAGCUAGCUCCUAAAACGGCAAAUUGGAUUUGAAAGAUGGCGGACAAAGAGAAGAAGAAGAAGGAAAGUAUAUUUGACUUGUCCAAAUAUAUCGACAAGACCAUCCGAGUGAAAUUUCAAGGAGGACGAGAAGCCAGUGGAGUCCUCAAAGGUUUUGAUCCUCUGCUGAACUUGGUGUUGGAUGGCACUAUUGAGUACAUGCGAGACCCAGAUGAUCAGUAUAAACUGACAGAGGACACCCGGCAGCUGGGCCUGGUGGUGUGCCGAGGGACGUCUGUGGUGCUCAUCUGCCCCCAGGAUGGCAUGGAGGCCAUUCCAAAUCCCUUUAUCCAGCAGGAGGGCUAGUGCACUUUUGGACCUUCACACAGAACUGUUCUUACAUGGGUUAUUGUCCUUCCCUGGACAAGUUUUGUGACAGUUUUUUUUUUAGUUUCCUCUGUAAAAUUGCUUAUAUGUGUCUGCACUAAAUCAUGAUUUAAUGUGUAGUGUUAAAAGUGCUGGUGGGGCGAGAAUCAGGACAGGAAGCGAUAUAACUUAUGUGAUAUUACAGAUACUGAUUGAUAUUACAUCUUUUUGUAUUUAGCUCUACAGAUGCCAAAAAGCAAAGAAAUGCUUUCAAUGCACUUGUUUUCUGGUUUACUUUUAUAUAUCGUUAUGGUUUGUGGCACAUGGACAAAGUUAACAAGAAAGUGGUCUGAUCCCUGAUUUGAAAAUGUAGAAAAAGUCAUAGCACAAUUUGCUUUUAAGUAGAAAGACCAGAAUUUA